CUUCCUGCAGCCGCCGCCAUGGCGCCGCGCCGCGCUGUCGCCUGCCUCCUGCCGCUGCUGAUGGCCGCGGCGGCGAGCGCGGGGCUCGGCGGCUACUUCGGCACCAAGUCCCGCUACGAGGAGGUGAACCCGCACCUGGCGGAGGACCCGCUGUCCCUGGGGCCCGUCGCCGCCGGGGCGCGGCUGCCCGCCGCCUGCGCCCCCCUGCAGCUCCGCGCCCUGCUCCGCCACGGCACCCGCUACCCCACGGCCGGGCAGAUCCGCCGCCUGGCCGAGCUGCACGGCCGCCUCCGCCGCCGCCCGGCCGCCGCCGCCGCCGCCUGCCCCGCCGCCGCCGCCCUGGCCGCCUGGCAGAUGUGGUACGAGGAGAGCCUCGACGGGCGGCUGGCGCCGCAGGGCCGCCGCGACAUGGAGCACCUGGCCCGCCGCCUCGCCGCCCGCUUCCCCGCGCUCUUCGCCGCCCGCCGCCGCCUGGCGCUGGCCAGCAGCUCCAAGCACCGCUGCCUGCAGAGCAGCGCCGCCUUCCUCCGCGGCCUCGGGCCCUCCCUCAGCCUCGGCGGCGACGAGUCGGAGAUCGAAGUGAACGACGCCUUGAUGAGGUUUUUCGAUCACUGCGACAAGUUCGUAGCCUUCGUGGAGGAGAACGAUACAGCAAUGCACCAAGUGAAUGCCUUCAAAGAGGGGCCUGAGAUGAGGAAGGUUUUGGAAAAGGUAGCAAGUGCCUUGUGUUUGCCAGUGGAGGAGUUAAACGCAGAUCUUGUUCAAGUGGCUUUUCUCACCUGCUCAUAUGAGUUGGCUAUAAAAAAUGUGACCUCCCCAUGGUGUUCGCUCUUCAGUGAAGAGGAUGCCAAGGUACUGGAAUACUUGAAUGACCUGAAGCAAUACUGGAAGAGAGGAUAUGGCUAUGACAUCAAUAGUCGCUCCAGCUGCAUUUUAUUCCAAGAUAUCUUCCAGCAGUUGGACAAAGCGGUGGAAGAGAGCAAAAGUUCAAAACCCAUUUCUUCACCUUUGAUUGUACAAGUUGGGCAUGCAGAGACACUUCAGCCACUGCUUGCUCUUAUGGGUUUCUUCAAAGAUGACGAGCCUCUCAGGGCAAACAAUUACAUCAGGCAAGCGCAUCGGAAAUUUCGCACUGGCCGGAUUGUGCCUUAUGCAGCCAACCUGGUAUUUGUGCUUUACCACUGUGAUCAAGUGAAAACCUCUAAAGAGGAGUAUCAAGUGCAGAUGUUGUUGAAUGAAAAGCUGAUGCCGUUUCAUCACUCAAAUGAAACCAUCUCUACUUACGCAGACUUCAAGGACUAUUACAAGGACAUCCUUCAAAACUGUCACUUCAAAGAAGUGUGUGAGUUGCCAAAGGUUAAUAUUACUGCCAUUGACGAACUUUGAGGGAAUGAAAUGGAGUGGAUGUUUUGGAAAUCGCUCUCAGUUCUCUUCAACAGAAGUUGCGAACAAGCACUUUCUAUGAUUUGAUGCUGCUGUGUGGACUUUCUAAACUUGCAGAUUUGAUAGCCGUUAUUUCCCUGGGUUGUCUUGGUCAGCUGAAUGCACUGUUUGUUUAUUACAUAAGCAAAAGUACAAAAGCAAAUUCUGUAAUGGGAAUGUCACUGAGUAUUUGUAACAAAUGUGAUGCAAGAUGAAGCGUACCGAUAUGUUUAUGUGUACGAAUAAGUAAUUUCCUAGGUCAUUCCUCUUAUGAAUGUGCUGUAGAUAGAUUUAAGAGCUGGGACAAUAUUUUAUUUUGUCAGAGCUGAAGGUGCUUGAACUGAUUCAGUAUUGCUUUGCAUUGCCUUGUUUGUUAGCUGUUGUUUUCCUAUGUCAGGCAUGAAAUAAUCCAAAUCUGUGAGCAUUUUUGUUCCUUUUCCUGAGCCUCUAGGAGGGAGAGGGUACAAACUUCUUCUCCACAGCUGACCAACUUCUCCCUGGACAUCACCACGUGAACAUCUCAGUUGGGGACUAAAAGCAGGAGGACUUGCUGUGUUCCUGUGUGCAUUAUCUGCCUGAAAAGGGCCAACGAUUUACAGUUCUUAAAGUCCUCAUCGACCCAUCCAGCAUAGCAAGUUAGCCAGCAGGGUAGGUAAGUUCUCAACAAGAAGGGGCUGGGGAAGAGAGAGGGAGUGGGAAAUAGCCACUUUUCCUUUGAAGUGCUCCAGGAUAUGCAGCAGUUGUUCUCCAGCUGUCUGGUGUUUCCUUUUACUUGACACUAUCAAUUCCUUGUGUUAAAUGUUUGGGCUGGGGCAUUCAGGGUAGGCUCUGUUAGGGGUUUGAACAUCCCAGUCCUCCUCAUAUGCUGGCAGUUUUCUUAGAGCCUCUGGUUGGAAGGGACCAAUGGAGGUCUCCAGUCCAUCCUGCUUGAAACAGGAUUAUUGCUAACCCCAAAUCGGGGCAAGCUUCUGACUUUGAAAGGUAUCUGUCUGAGACCUGAGUUCCGCUAGCAUUAAAGCACUGAACCUGGUAUCACUUACAUAGGCCUUCUAUAUUUGAUAUGCCAGCUUGUUCUUGAAAUAAAGCUGGUUUUAAAGACGUGAAUUGCAUAAAGGUACCAGUGAUCUUUGAGAGUGUCUGCACUUAAAGCAGGUUUACUUGCUGCUGAAAAAUAUAGAGUAUUUUAGAGUACUACAGUAAAGCAGAAAAAGGAAUAACGAAGAUAAUUGUCCAGAAAUACCUGAAAUAAAAAAAGCAAGACAAGUUAAAAUCCCUUCAUUGUCCCUAAGGGAACAGCUGGGUGAACAAGCUGUCCCAAAACAAAUGAGGGUGUGGUUUUAUGGUGCUCCUGCAAUGAGCACUUGCACCCUAUAACGAGUGCUCCAGAGCUCAGCCCAUAAAGUGAGAGGUAGUUUGCUGUGUUCACUGGGGAGGGGGGGGGGUGAAGGGGUGCCAUAAGUGGUUACAGCAGGGUAUUGUAUGCAAUAUAAACAUUUAUACCCUCAUUUACUUCAGGGUAGCCUCACCUGCAGAACUGAGAACUUAACUGUUGAAAAAAAAAAAAAGAGAGAAAGAAACCUGGAAUGGUUCACAAUUUAGAAAUUAAACUAAGUCUGCAGUGUUUUGUUUGUUUGUUUGUUUGUUUGUUUUUCCUAGAUGAUUUAGGCUUCUGUCACUUGUUUUUAUGUAGCUGUAUUAAACAAACAAACAAAAAAAUCUGAGUUUACAUAUCUGUAAGUUAAGGAACAAUUGAAAACCUGUUUUUUAGAGUAUCAUUUUACCAGUGAAAUGAUUGUGAUGACUUUUUUCAUCUGUUUUUGCUGUCGUAACUUAAGUUAGGGGCUCUCCUUACAGUGUGAGACAGAAACCUGUUUUGUUAGUGCACUGACUUCUAUGGAGACCGUGGUUCUGCUCACUGAAGAUACUCAUAAAAAAUGGUGAAUAUUUUAGCAUAAAUAUCCUGGUAAAAUACUUGUGUAUUUUAGCUCUGUGGAUCUGUUUCUGAAAUAGGUGAAUGGCUAGGGAGGAAAUCAGUACUUAAACACACAUAGGAAUGUAGGUCAGGAUAAUUGUCAGCAGCAGCAUAAAAGUUUUACUGCUGUUUUAUAUCAGCUUUAUGUCUCCUUUUUAGCAUGAUCCUGCUUUGAGACUGAGUCAAUCGAUCAUAAGAGGCAUCUGCCACAGUAAUUUUGAACUUUAUUGCAGGACAAUGUUUGAGGCAAGCUACAAAGAAUAAACCUUGUUUAAAGGCAGUAAAGUUUGGUAAAUAGCAGAUGUAAGAUUGAGAAAAUUCACCUUUGAACAAUUUUUUGUGGAUGAGUCAUCCUAUUCUGUGAUGAGUCAUGUUGAGAACAGAAGGGAUGAAAGCCUGACUGCCAGAGAUGAAUGGAAGAUUUACAUUUGUCGGUUUUGUGUUGGAUUGAUUUUACCCAUCCUAUUUGUUAAAAGAUAAGGCUGCCUUCUUUGCAGAGGAAGAAUACAUUACCCUCUUUUUUUUCUUCUUUUUUUUCUUUUUCUAUCAUGUGCCAGACAAGGUGGAAGAACCAAAUAAUCCCUUCUGUAGUGAAACAUCAUUCGCUUCUGCAUUAAAGUUGAUAGUAUGAUAAAUAAAUAUUGGGCAAGGGACUUCACAGAUGACUCUUCAGAGGCUGUUCCCUAUUUUGCCUAGGAGUACAGGUCCACUGUAUCUCUUGCAUAGUGGAUGUAGCUUCAGUGGCUAUCACCAAUUAACUGAGGAGAAACGUGUGCCAUUUGGUUUGUACGGGUCUGUAUUUACAGGCUGCACUGACUCACUCAGCUGGCAUAACUAGAGGCUGAAUGUGGAAACUUGGCACAACUGUAGCAACAGGAGUGUUUGGACCUGUGUAUAUGUGCUAGGCACUUGUCCAUGUGACUAAUUCUCACUGCUAGGGAUGUGACUUCAGGAUGACCCUGUUAUUAAAAAAAAAAACCAAAAAAACGCAAAACACACACACAGAGCAAAACAACCAAAAAUACAUGCGUAUGUCUAAAAAGGAAAACUAAAACAGAUCAAAGUAUUUCCCUAAAGUUGGCACUAGCUCAGUGAGCAGGGUGUGAAGAGGCUACCACAUCUAAUGGCACCGCAAGUUACCACAUCCUGAAAAAGCCCUGCGUGGAAAACGAUGCUUUCUCUUCCCUCACGCAUCUCUGACAGAACACCUCGAGUCAGUCCUCCGGUGAAGACUCCGUUUGUAACUUUACUCAAACUGGAACCUUUCAUUUAUGAAAAAUACUGACAGUGUUCUUGGACACUGGCAUUGAAUGCAUUUGAAAUAUAUUUAAUUCUGCUGUAUGUCUAAAGCUUUACUAAUGUUUCUGGCAAACUCAUUUUUCCUUCUUUUUAAGUACUGUUACUGUAAUUCUGGUAAGCAUGGAGCUGCCUAAUCGCUGUAUGCGACAUGAAUUUGUGAUAAUGUGGGACUAACUGGAUGCAUUUGAGAACUCAUUUUGGAUUUUUAGUGCUGUGAAAUAAAACUGCACACUUUCUUCAUCUGUUUUAUCAGCAAUAAUAAUAAUGUGAUCUGUAGCAUCGUGGCUGUGUUCUGCUUGAAAUACAUUUGGUAAGUUGCUAUUACUUUCA